AUGCCUGUGUCGGAAGAGCGAUCCGCAAGUCGGAGGGUGGUGGAGGCGCGACGCGAGGCCGAGAUGAAGAAGAUAAAGGAGAAGUUGGAUAGUGGCGAGAGCGUGGUUACGGCAGUUUGCCGACUUGAGAGAGUCAGCGCUGACAGCCAAACAAUCAGGUACGGCUUGAAGAGAGGGAAGCUCGUGUACUUGUUCAAGUAUCCCAACCACGACGUCGAGGGCGACAAGCAGCGGAACAUCAUCAAACGCGCGCGUUUUAUUCAAAAAGGUCUUGAAGAGGCAGGAUAUCACUUGAUUCCCUGGGAUUUCAAGAAGGGCAAACCACCAACAUUCUGGGAAGAGGAAGGAACAAUGGAAGAAGAAGACGAUGAUCUCUAUGGUCCUUCGGAGUCGAGCGCGGCUGUGGACGCAAAGAAAGACGUGUCCAGAGAAGAGGAGGAUGGCGAACAGGGCGAUGAAUCUAUGGACGAAGGCGAAGAGUCAGGCGAAGAGUCGGACGAAAGUGACUCGGACCUCGAGAUCAUCAUCGACAAGCCUCAGACAGCCCCAAAGCCUAUUUCACAAGCUCCGCAAGAGUCAAAAGCAAUCAAAAUAGAAGCACCCCAGCAACCAUCCUCAACACCAACAGCAAAGUCGGCUUCGGCUGUCCCUCAGAUACCUUCCCAACCUGGAACGGCAUAUCCCGCCGUGCGGACAUCGACAAUAGAUGUGAACGCCGAUCCCAUUUAUCCCCCAGCAGGGAAACCCGUGUCACAACUUGAUAUGGAUGCAGAUCUUGCUGAAUCCACAAAACCGUGGCGACUUCCCGGCGCCGACCAGUCGGAUUAUUUCAACUACGGCUUUGAUGAGUUCACAUGGGAAAUGUACAGGCAGCGUCAAACGGACAUGUCGAACAAUCUUUCCAGGCAAAAGGCCGAGACGGCCCAGUUCCAGCAAAUGUUUAUGGGCGGUCCUUCUCCAGCACCAGGAGCUGGGAAUGCGGGCCCAGGUCCUAUGCCUGGUGCGCCAACUGGACCAUCAGCUCAAAAUAGCGGUGGGGGUGGUAUGCCCCCAAUGCCACCAGGAAUGGGAAUGAACGAAGAGCAAAUGAUGCAGACUAUGAUGCAGAUGCAGGCAUCAGGUAUGGAUGUCGGCAACAUGGACAUCAGUCAAUUCAUGCAGAUGGUCGGUGGCGGCAUGCCGGGCAUGGGUGGCGGUGGUGGAGGAGGGUUUGGCGGACAGCAGCAAGGCAAUCAAGGUGGAGGCGGAAGAGGGCAAGGCAGGAGAGGUAGAGGGUGGUAGUGUGUGGGGAAAGCCUUUAUCUUCUACCCUUCUGGGAAUCUGCAUUUCAAUAUGACUGCCAAGGUAGGCACGGUCACGGUUUGGUUGCACGGUCUGGCGUUUUAUGUACGAUACCAGGACAAAGCCAUGGAAAAGAUUUUGAUAUUUCGUCCAUCCAAUGCUCCAUUUGAACGCC